CUACACUUAACAGGUGAUAUUUUCUAAUAUCAGAUUUGAUUAUUUUUUUCAACUUCUAAAUUACACUGCACGAAAAUUGUGAGCCGAAGAUCAGGCAGCGCCGGAUAGAGCACCAGGAGAUAGCAGAGUAACUGCCGUCUACAUCUGAAGUAAUCGGGUCCGCUUUGAAAACCUACAUUUUCCGAUUAAAUAUGCUGCAAGAAAAAAUGUAUAUGGAUGAAGAAAUACAAGAAGAACUAGCUACAGCUGUAAAACAAGGAAAUAUGGAAGCAGUAAAACGAAUUACUAGUUCUUUAAAUUCAAAAUAUUUACAGCAAUGGCCUGAAAUUCCAGAUUUGAUUUCCCUUGCCUUAACCAAAAAGCAGUCUGAAAUUGCAAAAUUUUUAAUAAUUAAUGGUGGCUUAGAAGUAUUUACAACUUUUAUAUAUCCAGAACUGCAAGGUAGGAAUACUAAAUUAGCUAUCGCUAAUGGAGACUUGGACACACUUAAAAUGAUUAAACCCCUUGAUUCUGCGAGUGAUUUAAUAUAUUUUUCAAUUGUCGAAAGGCUGCCCGUAGACAAAGAUGUUUGUGAAAUUUUCGAUUUCAUUUUUGAUCAAGUAUUAGAUAUAGAGGAUACAAAUUAUGCAUUAUAUGAUGAGAAAUAUAAAAAUCAUACCCUAUGUAAUGUGCUUCAAUAUGCAGCGAAAUGUGGUAAUGUGGAUAUAUUACCACUUAUUUUAAAAAAGAAAGCAAAUAUUGAUGCGAGGACAGAUAUGGGCCAAACAGCACUUCAUAUUGCUGCCAAAAAUGGUCAUUCAGAAGUAAUUGAUUUUCUUUUGAAACACGGCGCAAAACAUGACGUUCAGGAUAAAAAUAAGAAAACAGCGUUGCGUUUGGCUGCUGAAAAGGAAGAUGAACCCUCUAUCAAGAUUCUUGUGGAUUACACUUUUCGGCAAAAUAAUACACCAAUACUUGAAGAUGAUUUCUUUCUAUUAUAUUGUGCUGCCGCUACGGGAAAUCAGAAGAUUCUUGAAAUACUUUUACAAAAAUCCAUAGACAUCAACCAACAUUUUGAAGCAACCAAAAAAACACCGCUUCUUAUUGCUGUUGAAAAUGGACACCCAGAUGUUGUCCAACUGAUUAUAAAUCAAGGGCUGCCAGGACUGGAAGCAUCAACACUACAUUUGGCUGCCAAAAGCGGAUGCAGGGUAAUCUUUCGACUCUUGUUACAGGAAUCUGAGACUGCUUCUAUGCUUACUUCAGUAGAUAAAUAUGGCUACACACCCCUCCAUGUUGCUGUUGAAAAUGGUCACAGAGAUAUUGUUGAAAUUUGUUUGGAAAGAACCUCUUCAGGCUCCAUAACAAAUAAAGGUUUGCUACCGAUUCAUAUUGCUGCUCAUAAAGGAUAUGACAAAAUAGUUCUCCAACUAUUGGAACAAUGUGCUGACUAUCACUCGUGUACGAUAAAAUCAGAAGAUUCUUUCACUCCGCUUUAUAUAGCUGCUUACUAUGGACACAAAAGAGUCGUAGAGAUUUUGCUUGAAAAAGGCGCUGAUCCUAAUAAUUUUAAAUGUUAUGAACCGCAUCUAACUCCACUUCACGCAGCUGCCCAGGGAGGUCACGAUCAGAUUGUUGAAUUGCUUUUGAAAUGCGGCGCCAAAGUCAAUUUGGAAAUUAAUAUUGAUUCUGACGAAAUUCUUUGUACGCCCAUUCUUGCUGCUGCUCGUGGUGGACACGAAAGAAUUGUAGAAAUGCUUCUACACUAUGGAGCAAAUAUCAAGACAAAAGUUCUUCCUUCGCACGUAAGUUUUACGAAGAACAUCGAAUGUAUUUUUUCUAGCGAAGAAAAGUCUGAAUCUAAGACCUUUUUGGAAUCAACAAUUGGAUACACACCGCUUCAUUUUGCAGCACAAGUAGGGAACACAAAAAUCGUUGAAAUGCUUUUGCGACACGGUGCUGAUGUAAACUCCAUGUCUGAUAUUGUAACACCUCUUACUGUUGCUCUUAAAAAGAAACAUGAGAAAAUUGUUCAAAUUCUCUUAAAGGCUGGUGCGAAUGUCAAUCUUCGAGCAAGUACUAAACAAGAAUUUCCUCUACAUUGCGCUAUAGAAAUGGGUAACGAGCAGAUUGUGCGUGAGUUGAUUGAUUCUGGCGCUCGAAUUGAUUCUGUCUGUUCUGAAGAAUUAACUCCCUUUUUUCACGCUGUGAAGAAAGGCAACGUCGAAAUGUUGAAAGCAUUACUGAGAAAAGGUGCAGCUUUCGAAUCAAAAACCGUAAAGGGUGUUCCUUUAGUACACUUCGCUUUUAAUGAAAAUUCUGGUAAAAAAAUGCUUCGAUUUCUUCUGCGAUGCGGAGCUGACGUAGACGCUAAAAAUGAAGAUGACAUGUCACUUCUUCAUAUGAUCAUAGACGAAAGUAUACUUUGGGAUACAGAACAUUAUGGUCAAAGUGAAGUCUUGCGCUUAAGUCCAUACAGCAUGAAUAAAAUCAAACUGCUUCUGGAGUAUGGCGCUGAUGUUAAUGCCACAUCAGCGGCGAUGAAAAAUUCCGUUCUUGACUCCGCUGCCAUGACGGCUAAAGAUUAUGCGAUUGAACUUUUUCUAGAAUCAGCAGUUGAUGUCAACAUAACUAAUGGGAAAGGAUACACACCUGGACAGAGUGCAUUUAAAAAACUUUUAUUGGUUAAAGAGAAGUGUGACAUCUGUCAUCGACCAACGUAUAGGGACGUGGAUCAUGCGAAUUUUUGGUAUAAUUCUUCAGGCUGUAUAUGUUCUGGCUGUAAUCGACCAUAUGUCUUUGAUGACAUGAUCUUCAAAACUCCAGAAAGAAGUACCAAGGCCUUGCAAAAUGUUUUGAUGACUAUAACACAAGAAGUAGUUAGGUUACAAGUCGCACUUAAAGAUACUAAACAACAAAAUUUUGAGUUGAUCGAGUGUGACAAUAUAAAACCUUUUGCCAAUUACUGCCGCACUGAAAUUGAUAAAAUGAGAAUUUCUAAGAUUGCUAAGAAUAUUACGUGCUUCGAUGUCUUAGUAGGAAGUGCAGAAAAAUUAAGAAUUUACUCUACAGACGAGAGAGUAAUGGAAGCAGUAAAGUUACAAAGUUACUUCGCACAGUUUCCGGCAUAUGGAAUUGUAUUAAAGGCCCGUUUUAAGCAAGGCAUAGAAAGAAGAGGCUUAUACGAAAAAAAUAUGGAACUGUUCUAUAAGACUUUCGAUAUGAAAUUACCGUAUCUUAUAAUCUUCGAAAUAUUUGAAUAUUUAAAACGAGAGGAUUUAAUUAAGCUGUGGAUAGCGUUUACACCUGUGAAUUUGGAUACCACAGUGGAAUAUUAGGAUGGCGAAUUCAUUGUGCAAGAUUUUAACUGUUACCUGAAAUCGAAUUUUCGAUAGAUUCUGCUUCGACUUGGUUUUAUAUCUUCUGUUUUCAUGUUUUCAACUUAUUCUGCCUUUUUCUAAGGAAAAAGUUUAUUUUUAACUGUUGAUUUUAGACUAAUAAAUCAAAGAAUUUUUUAUAAUACACG